UCCAAAUAUCAUUAACCUAAAUAGAACAAGAGCGAGGGAGUCGACGUUCUGUGUGGGCGGAGAUGGAAACCACCAAGGGCGGUGGGGCUGCAAAAUCGGACAUGAAGAAGGUCUCCCAGCAUGAAUUCGGCGGCGAAGAUGCGCCACUCUCCAUCUCAAUUAUCGAGAACAUGAAAGAGGAGUACGGGCUGUUUGUUUGGCCGUGCAGCGUAAUACUGGCCGAGUAUGUAUGGCAACAGCGGCGGCGCUUCUCCGGCGCCAGAGUGGUGGAGCUUGGGGCGGGGACGUCACUGCCAGGAUUGGUGGCCGCUAAGCUGGGUUCCCAUGUCACUCUCACCGACGACGCCAACAGACCAGAGGUGCUGGACAACAUGGGGAGGGUGUGUGAGCUUAAUGGAGUUGAUUGCAAAGUGGUAGGACUUACAUGGGGAGUGUGGGACUCGUCUGUUUUCGAUUUGGAGCCCAAGUUCAUCCUAGGAGCUGAUGUUCUUUACGAAACCACUGCAUUCAAUGACCUCUUUGCGACUGUGGCAUAUCUGCUUCAGAAUUCUCCAGGCUCUGUGUUCAUAACAACUUAUCAUAACCGGAGUGGGCAUCAUCUAAUCGAGUUGUUGAUGGCAAAAUGGAGGUUGAAGUGCUCAAAGCUUCUUGACGGGUUCUCAUUCAUGCCACCCCACAAGGCAUCUGCUUUAAGUGGCAAUAUUCAGCUGGCUGAGAUAGUGGCAUUGGACUGAUAUGUGAACAGCAGCAUCCAAUACAAGGCUAACGAUCGAGUCUCAAUUGCACAGACAAGAAGAAUCAAGAAAGCACUGUAGAAUUCUCAUUUCUAGGUUCGCUCCGCUGAAAACUUCUUUGGCCUCAAGACGCAUGGGUCGAGUUAUGAACAAGGGCUUGACAUAGUGGUAAUACCACUGACUCUCAAUUCUCCAAACUAUACAUCUUUUUCUUAUUGUUUCGUCGGUAGGUAUGCGAACAAACCUAUUCAUCAUCUCGUGGCUACACAGUCCCGACAGUUAUCUCAUCUUUCUUUAAGCACAUCCUGACGAACAGUCAGGAUAUCGAAAAAUACAAGAGGGCGCAUAGCACCAGGGUUCAAAUCAAUCUAAACACCGGAAUUGAACCGAC